ACCAACAAACAACAAGCACCCCAUAGGAAGUUGGUGCGAUCCGAUCUACAGUACCUACAGUUCGAGUUGCAACAGACGAACGCCGCUACCAAACAAGUCCCAGCCUUGCAGGACCCACCCCGUUCCCAAACUUUACAACCGAAAUUGCAUCCAUCCAUCCAUCCAUCCAUCCACCAUGGCACCGGGAUCCAGCUCGAAACAAAGAGAUUACGACUAUCUCUUCAAGCUGGUGCUGAUCGGCGACAGCGGUGUCGGGAAAUCGUGCUUGCUUCUGCGAUUUGCGGUGAGUGUUGUGUUGUGUUGCUUUGUGUUGUGCUUUGCUUUGCUCGCAAGCAAACAACCCGUGCUGAACUGGCCCUGUCUUCCUCCUCUCCUUGCCUCUCCUUCCCUUGCCUUGCCUUCCCUUUCCUUCCCUCCCCCUCGCAUUUUUGCAGGACGACGCCUUUACCGAGUCCUACAUCUCGACCAUCGGCGUCGACUUUCGGUUCCGCACCGUGAAGAUCGACAACAAAACCGUCAAGCUGCAGAUCUGGGACACGGCGGGCCAGGAACGCUUCCGCACGAUCACCUCCGCGUACUACCGGGGGGCCGACGGAAUCAUCAUGGUCUUUGACGUAACGAGCACCGAGUCCUUCGACCACGUGAACGACUGGCUCAAGGAGGUCAACCGGUACGCCGCCGAGGGCACCGUCAAGCUCCUGGUCGGAAACAAGUCCGACCGGACGGCCGACAAGGUCGUCACCGAGGCACAGGCCAAGGAAUUCGCGGACGAGCUCGGGAUUCCCUUUAUAGAGACCAGCGCCAAGUCCUCCAAGAACGUGGAGGAGGCCUUUCUGACCAUGGCGGGAGAGCUCAUUCGCCAGCGCGACGCCAGGGGCGGGAGCAGCGAAACCACCGGCAUCGACCUGAACGGCGAGAAGAAGGCGGGGUCCAACUGCUGCUAGGAACAGCGAGAACAGAACUGAACAGAACAGAGCACAGCGCAAAAGAGAAGAGCGAGCACGGCAGGGUGCAAAGCACCGACACACAACACAACACAGCAAAACGCAAACAACACAACACAACACAGCACACGAACAUUGUAUUUUUUUCAUGUAGGCCCAAACGUCGCACCACCGCAUUCCAUUGCCCUCGCUGCCAAUGGAAUGUCCCGUGCGUCGGAGAGAUUCGAGUCCGUAGGUGAACAGUAGGUUCCUUUGCUGAACACCGAUCGCCAAUUCGGAAGGGUUGAUCCCAAACCAUCGGAUUGGUUCUGCAGCAUUUGCCUUGUUCCCAUGGAGCAAUAAGGAUGAUCAUUCGUUGCCACGACGAUUGGAUUGCUGUUUUUUGGUUUCGAUCGGACGGAAGCAAGAGCAACUGACGCACGCACGGAGAUAAAACUAGUGAAUCGAA